UUUUUCUUGAUCUACCAGAAGCGUUUUCAAACGUUCAUUGACUUGGACGAAAAUAAAAGAAAAACGUAAAAUUUACAUCGUGAUUUUAGCUUUCAAGCCAUUUGAUGUUAUUGAUUUACCUAUAAAUUGAUACAGAAGCAUGGAUGAACUCAAGAAGUUAGAGCACUUGUCACUGGUGUCUAAAGUGUGUACAGAACUUGACAACCAUCUCGGCAUGAAUGAUAAAGAUCUUGCCGAAUUUGUAAUAUCCUUGGCUGAGAAGAAUGACACAUUUGAAAGUUUUAAGAAAGUUUUAAUGGAAAAUGGUGCAGAGUUUGGGGAUUCUUUAAUUGCCAACUUAUUAAGAUUGAUACAAAAGAUGAAGCCUAAACCAAAAUCUGUGGAUAAGGAGGUCAAGGUCACCAAGGAUAUGUCUGACCUUGAGAUAAAGAAGAAACUAUUUCCGGGUUUAGCAUUACCAAAUGAAGUGAGGAGUGCCUCUCCUGAGAAGAUUGACAGUAAAGAUAAAGAUGUGGCUGAUAAUAUGAUGGAUGAACUAGAAGCUCUCAUGAAUACAGCAAAAUCUUCAACUAAAUCUGAGUCAGGGAAAGAUUACAAACUUAAAGACAAGGAAAAGAAGAGGAAACGUCACUCUAGAAGUCGUAGUAGAUCCAGGGAUCGUUAUCGAUCAAGAUCUCGAUCCAGAGAUAGAAAGAAGAAGAAGAAACAUAGAAAUAGAGACAGAUCCUACAGUAGAAGUAGAAGUAGGGAACGAGAGAAGGAGAGAUACAGAGAUAGAUCUAGAGAUAGAGAGAAAGACAGAAGUAAAAAAACACGAGACAGAGGUCAUGAGAUGCCAGUUGAAGUGGAAGUUGGCAAGAUAUACUCAGGAAAAGUGAGCAGUAUAAUGCCAUUUGGAUGUUUUGUCUCAGUAGAAGGUGUCAGAAAGAGAAGUGAAGGACUUGUUCAUAUAUCACAGUUACGUAGAGAAGGUCGUGUAUCUAAUGUGUCAGAUGUGGUACAGAAAGGUCAAGCUGUGAAGAUUAAAGUACUCUCCUAUACAGGAAACAAAAUGAGUCUUUCAAUGAAGGAUGCUGACCAGGAAACUGGCAGAGACUUGAACCCAAAACAGACACAAGCCAUAACAGGCGGUGAGAGAGACACUGUGAAUGAGUUACGUAACCCUGACAGACCGUCCACCAUGCCUCUAGUCAGUGUACCGGAACAAAAUGAUGUCACAGAACGUAAACGAGGCCAGAGAAUGUCAUCACCGGAGAAAUGGGAGUGGAAACAGAUGGCUGCAGCAAAUGUCAUAGAUGUAUCAGAGUUACCAGAUUUCGAUGAGGAGACUGGUGUAUUACCAAAAGAAGAUGACUCCGAUGAGGAUAUAGAGAUAGAGAUGGUAGAAGAAGAAGCUCCAUUUCUCACUGGUCACGGUAAACAAGGCAUUGAACUUAGUCCUGUCAAAAUUGUUAAGAAUCCUGAUGGAUCUCUAUCACAAGCUGCUAUGAUGCAGAGUGCAUUACAGAAAGAGAGACGAGAAAUAAAACAAGCUCAGAGAGAGGCUGAGAUGAAUUCUAUACCGUCUGCUGGGGGCAGUGAGUGGCAGGAUCCUAUGGCAGAUGGUGAUAAGAAACUUGCCAGUAUGCGAGGUGUAGGAUCAGCUCCCGCAGAUCUCCCAGAAUGGAAGAAACAUAUAACUGGAGGACAGAAAGCCUCGUAUGGUAAGAAGGAGAAAAAAUCAUUGCUGGAACAACGACAAAGUUUACCCAUUUAUAAACUGAAAGAUGAACUUAUCAAGGCUGUACAUGACAACCAGGUGUUAAUUGUAAUUGGAGAGACAGGAUCAGGGAAGACAACUCAGAUAACACAGUAUCUAGCCGAGGCUGGGUAUACUACACGAGGAAAGAUCGGAUGUACACAACCUCGUCGUGUGGCUGCUAUGUCGGUGGCAAAGAGAGUGUCAGAGGAGUUUGGAUGUAGACUUGGCCAGGAAGUUGGAUAUACAAUGCGUUUUGAAGACUGUACUAGCCAGGAGACAAAGAUAAAGUACAUGACAGAAGGUAUGUUAUUAAGAGAAUGUCUGAUUGACAGAGAUCUAACACAGUAUCAGAUUAUGAUGUUAGACGAGGCUCACGAGAGAACUGUCAGUACUGAUGUACUCUUUGGAUUACUGAAAGAGGCUGUAGUGAAGAGAAAAGAUCUCAAGUUGAUUGUUACAUCAGCCACACUGGAUGCUGUUAAGUUUUCACAGUAUUUCUUUGAAUCUCCAAUUUUUACGAUUCCUGGACGUACAUAUCCUGUUGAGAUCUUGUAUACAAAAGAGGCGGAGACAGAUUAUCUUGAUGCAUCUAUGAUAACAGUCAUGCAGAUACAUCUGAUGGAACCACCUGGAGAUAUAUUGUUAUUUUUGACUGGUCAAGAAGAGAUAGAUACUGCCUGUGAGAUAUUGUAUGAACGUAUGAAAGCCCUCGGUCCCGAGGUACCAGAACUGAUUAUUCUACCUGUAUAUAGUGCUCUACCUAGUGAAAUGCAGACUAGAAUCUUUGACCCUGCUCCACCAGGUUCCAGAAAAGUUGUUAUAGCAACAAAUAUUGCAGAGACUUCACUCACUAUAGAUGGCAUUUAUUAUGUGGUUGACCCAGGAUUUGUUAAACAGAAUGUUUACAAUGCAAAAACUGGCAUGGAUCAACUUAUUGUCACUCCAAUUUCACAGGCUCAAGCGAAGCAGCGUGCAGGUCGUGCUGGUCGUACAGGACCUGGUAAAUGUUACAGAUUGUACACAGAACGAGCUUAUAGAGAUGAAAUGUUACCAACAAAUGUCCCUGAAAUACAAAGAACUAAUUUAGCUAGUGUUGUGUUAUCUCUAAAAGCUAUGGGAAUCAAUGAUUUAUUAACAUUUGACUUUAUGGAUGCUCCGCCCAUGCAAACCUUGGUGUCGGCCAUGGAACAAUUACAUGCUCUCAGUGCAUUAGAUGAUGAAGGACUGCUUACAAGGCUCGGUAGAAGAAUGGCAGAGUUUCCCUUGGAGCCUAUGUUAUCUAAGAUGUUGAUUAUGUCUGUACAGCUGAGCUGUUCUGAUGAAAUUCUGACCAUUGUUUCAAUGUUGUCUGUACAAAAUGUAUUUUAUAGACCUAAGGAUAAACAAGAACUAGCAGAUCAGCGUAAGGCAAAGUUUCAUCAGAUAGAAGGUGACCACGUGACACUGUUAGCAGUUUAUAAUGCCUGGAAAAAUAAUAAAUUCUCCAGUCCUUGGUGCUUUGAAAACUUUGUACAAGUGCGGACAUUAAAGCGGGCCCAGGAUGUACGUAAACAAAUGUUGGGUAUAAUGGAUAGGCACAAGUUAGAUGUUGUAUCAUGUGGGAAGAACACAUCUAAAGUACAAAAGGCAAUAUGUAGUGGUUUCUUUAGGAAUGCGGCGAAGAAAGAUCCCCAGGAGGGGUAUAGGACACUUGUAGAUAGUCAGGUUGUUUAUAUACACCCCUCUAGUGCUUUAUUCAACAGACAACCAGAAUGGGUAAUUUAUCAUGAGCUUGUGUUAACAACAAAGGAGUAUAUGAGAGAAGUUACAGCAAUGGAUCCAAAAUGGCUCGUGGAGUUUGCUCCAAAAUUCUUCAAGUUUUCUGAUCCUACUAGACUUAGUAAACAAAAGAAACAACAAAAGAUUGAACCAUUAUAUAACAAAUAUGACGAUCCUAAUUCAUGGAGAAUAUCCAGAGCUUUCAGAAAGUUUCAUACAAAAGUUACAUUCUGAUUUGAACACCCUUGCUCAUGUCUGUGAAUUGUUGAAUGUUGCAAUGUUUGUGAAAUUAUAGAAAUAUUGCAGCAAUUUGUAGUUACCUAAUACCAGCAGAGGAUAAUGAUGAAUUGUCAAUUCUAUAUAUAAAAAUAUUUCCAUACUUGUGAAGAUGAGUAAGCUUAUAGUAUGAAUUAUUUUGUACUGUUUAUUCUGUAUAUUUAUGGAUUUGUAAAGAUAACUACAUCUUUGCUUUAAAACCUAGAAAUAUCCCAGUAAAACUGACUAUAGCAGGUUUGCAUUUGUUGAUAAAAAUAAUAUUUUUACAAGAUCGAUGUCGUCUUUGUUUCUUGAGAAAGUGUACAUCAUUUUCAUUUGCUACCAUAAAUUUUGAUGAAAUGGUACAUUAUAAAAAAUACUGUAUAUCUUUAAUGUGUGAAUUGGUUGCUAGGGUACUUGAGUUGUCUUAGCCAGAUUGGUAAUUGUAACUUCACUGUUUGACAAACACAUGUACAAUACUUCUGUA